GGCAGGGGCGGGCGAGCGGGUCCGGCAGGGGGCGGGGCCAGGCGGCGGCAUGGGGCCCUGGCUGCGCGCGGCCGGGCUGGUGCUGGGCUCCACGCUGCUCUUCAAGGCGCUGCAGUGGGGGCUGCGCCGCCUGCCCCUGCCCGCCCACGUGCGCCGGGACCCGACCCGCGCCUGGCGCUGGCGGAACCUGCUCGUCUCCUUCGUGCACUCGGUGGUGACGGGGCUCUGGGCCGUGCUGUGCGUGUGGCAGGUUCCUGAGAUGCUGGUGGACAUUGAAAACACCUCGUCCACUUCAGGAUACCUGCUUCUCUGCUUCUCAGCAGGCUACUUCAUCCAUGACACACUCGACAUCAUUGUGAGCCACCAGUCCCGAGCAUCCUGGGAGUACCUGGUUCACCAUGCCAUGGCGAUCUCAGCCUUCUUCUCCGGGAUCUCCCUGGACCGCUUCGUGGCAGCGGGGAUGCUGUCGCUCUUCGUGGAGGUGAGCAACAUCUUCCUGACCAUCCGCAUGCUGCUGAAGCUGAGCAACAUGCCAGCUCCCACCCUCUACAGGGUCAACAAGUACGUCAACCUGGUGAUGUAUUUCCUCUUCCGCCUGGUGCCCCAGACCUACCUGACCUGGUACUUUGUGCGCUACGUGGAGGUGCGAGGUCAGGGAGCCUUCCUGAUAGUCAACCUCUUCCUGCUGGAUGCCAUGAUCCUGACGUACUUCUCCCGCCUGCUGCACUCCGACUUCUUCCCAGACUCCUGCAGGCGGCGCGCCGGAAAGGAUGCGGGCGGGGAGAAGUUCUUAGUGGACUGAGUGAAGGGGCAUCGUCUGUGGGGUUCUGCAAACCCCCCCUGCAGUGGAGGGCUUGGUCAUGGGGCGCUUUGCACCUCCUCAGCUCUGCACCACACGUGCCUUACAGCUGAGCUCCACCAGCAAAGGGCUCUGCAGUCACUUAACAAAGCCUGUGCUUUGUCACAGGAUGGCCUGACCUGUCCCCUGCAAAAACCCAACCCCCCCCCCACGCUGCUCCCAGGGUCAGGUCGAUGCUAAUGGGGCAGGGGUCACAGCAGGCAAAUCAGGAGGGGAAGGAUGGAGCUGGUUGGGAAAGAGGGUUUAUCUUCCAUGUUGUGAUGGGAUGUUACAUGCAUUAAAUAUGUGUCUGUUUCCAA